AUCCAACAACACCAACCUCUGAAGCAGAAGCCACAGUUACCAAAUACAGACCUCUGGUACUGUCUCUGCACAGUGGCACACGAAAAACGCUUCACACCCUCAACGCCUAUUCCUGCUCCAAUAGUUUCUAACCUUGAAUCAGCACCAAACCACGAAGAUUAUGGGUAUACUAUACGACGACGUAGUAAUCAUAGCGCAGCCAGACAAAGAAGGUGAUCCAACAGUGAUCACAGUGAAUUGCCCUGACAAAACUGGUUUGGGUUGUGAUUUGUGUCGUAUCAUACUCUUCUUUGGUCUCAACAUUGUCAGAGGAGGUAACCCAACUAACUAACCAUGAAUCAACACUUCGUAAUUGUACUUUUGCUGAGACCCUUAAAGGAUGUUUCAACCGAUGGGAUAUGGUGCUAUAUAGUUUUCUGGGUGGUUGGGAAACAGAAAACGAGGUGGAGUUUGUUGAAGAAUAGGCUAGUUGAGGCAUGCCCUUCUUGCUCCUCAGCUUCUGGAAUCUCUUAUUAUGACUUGCAGCCACCACAGCCUCCUGAUGUCUUUCUUUUGAUGUUUUGCUGUUACGAUCGGAGAGGGUUAUUGCAUGAUGUUACAGAGGUUCUUUGUGAGCUAGAGCUUACUAUAAAGAAAGUGAAGGUAUCUACUACACCUGAUGGCAAAGUCAUGGAUAUGUUUUUCAUCACAGAUACCAGGGAAGAACUACAUACAAAGAAAAGACAGAAUGAUACGAUUGCACAAUUAACAGAGGUUUUGGGUGAUGCUAUCAUUUCUAUUGACAUUGAAUUGGUUGGCCCGGAAAUUACUGCUUGCUCCCAGACAUCUCCAUUCCUUCCAACUGCAAUCAUUGAAGAUGUCUUUGAUUUGGAAUUGCCUGAUUUGGUUCGAAGUGGUACUCUUAGAUCAGAUUAUAUUUCUAUCACGAUGGACAACUUGCUUAGUCCUGCUCAUACCCUUGUCCAAAUUAUGUGCCAAGACCACAAAGGUCUUCUUUAUGACAUCAUGAGAACUCUAAAGGACUACAACAUUCAGAUUUCUUAUGGGCGUUUCACUACAAAACCUAGAGGAAAAUGUGAGAUUGAUUUGUUCAUCAUGCAAGCAGAUGGAAAAAAGAUAGUUGAUCCCAACAAGCAGAGUUCUUUGUCAUCACGCCUUAGAAUGGAACUGCUUCGUCCUCUCAGAGUCGCCGUGGUGAGUAGGGGGCCCGAUACUGAGCUUCUGGUUGCAAACCCUGUGGAGUUGUCUGGCAAGGGCCGGCCUCUUGUUUUUUAUGACAUUACUCUUGCUCUCAAAAUGCUUGGCACUUGCAUCUUUUCGGCUGAAAUUGGGAGACACUUAAUUGGAGACCGGGAGUGGGAGGUUUAUAGAGUAUUGUUGGAUGAAGGGGAGGGGUUAUCUGUUACAAGGAACAAGAUUGAGGAGGGAGUUUGGAAAAUGCUGAUGGGUUGGGAAUAAGUAAUCAAUGGUUCCUAUAAUGGCAUUGUACCCUUUGGAUGAAUCUCUGCCUCUGUACAGAUAACGUUGUCUAAUAUCAUAUAGUUUUAUUAUUAGGUGUAAAUGUAAUUGUGAAAUAUGUAGUGAGCAAAUGAUAAUCUUUGCCACGCUAUACUUUUCAGCUUUUGUAAUUCUAACUUAAUGUAUAUAAAUGAGAAGGCAAUAGCAAGUAGACGAUUAUGG